UUCCAGCAGGUCAUGUCAGUUCAUCCAGAUCUUCACCAGCACUAUGUGCGGGCCUGCCAAAACUUGGGCCAACCUGAAAACCCCUUCAUUGCUCAUGCGCUUCAAGAAGCUGAUAAAAAUGAUAAAAUAUGGACAGAAGGGAUCACAUUAAAAAUAGCUGGAAAUAAUCGUCUAGUGCCUGUGCAGAGAGUUACAGAUGACGAUCUUCAAGUUCUUGCCUCUGUCUUAUGCAAUACUGUAUUUGUCACAGGUUUGGAUCUUAGGUGUAAUACAUUGACUGAUGCUGGAGCAAAGCACGUGGCAACAUUACUCCAGGAAAACUCCACUCUGCGGUACCUUAACCUGAUGCUUAAUGAUAUUGGCACAAGUGGAGCAGAGCUGAUAGCAGGAGCACUCCGCAGGAAUGAAACUCUUGUGUAUUUGAGAAUGACUGGAAACAAAAUAGGAAACAAAGGUGGGAUGUUCUUUGCUUCCAUGCUACAAAUUAAUUCAACCUUAGAGAACCUGGAUCUUGGAGACUGUGAUAUGGGGCCGCAGUGUCUAAUAGCAAUAGCAACAGCCCUGACUCAGAACAAAUCAGUCAAAGCAAUAAACCUGAAUCGUCCUUUACUAUACAGCCAAGAGGAAGAGACCACAGUACAUAUAGCUCUGAUGUUGAAAAAUAACUCUGCUCUUGUGGAACUACAUUUGUGCAAGCAUGAAAUGAAAAACUUUGGUGUAGAACGACUGUGUGAGGCGUUGUAUGAAAACUCCAGCCUGAGAUACCUUGAUCUUAGCUGUAAUAAAGUAACCCGUGAUGGUGUAAAAUUUUUGGGAGAACUACUAAAACGCAACCAAACCCUGGAAAUCCUAGAUCUUAGUGCAAACCGAAUAGAAGAUGAUGGAGCUCUCGACCUGAGUGAAGCCUUGGCUUUGUACAACAGGACUCUUCGAGCGUUGUCAGUAGUAAGCAACAACAUAAGUGGCAAAGGACUUGUAGCUCUUUCAGAUGCAAUGAAAACAAACACGGAACUUUCCUAUAUUUACAUUUGGGGGAACAAAUUUGAUGAAGCCACCUGUAUGGCAUUUUCAGAAUUAAUUCAGACGGGCCGCUUGAAACCUCAUUGCACAGAUGUGGAACCGUAUGACGUGGAUGGGCACGUUCACCUUGCGGAGCUCUCCCACGGCCUCAGGAAGCAUUACUACUGGACACCAAGUUGUGGGGAGGUGAUGAACAAAGAUGCUAAUGCCAGCCUGGCAAUUGCAGCGGUUUCAGAGUACUUGUGAGUGAGGUCGCGGCUGGAUGCGCUCCAGAUGGGGGAAGUUUUCCUAUCAUCUGCUUUCCAGUAAAAUAGAUUAUACCAGUAGCAAGCUUGCUUCAUGUUGUGUCUUCAGGGUCUUUAGUCUAGAAGGAAUCUAAAAAGACUUGAAGUGGCAUUAGAGGUAAAAUACCAAACCAGUGACCUUAAAAUUUGCUGCUAGAAAUGCCCAAGCUAUUCAAAGCCUAUGAAUGUGAAACAUGUUCAUUUUGCUGCAGUCAUUUCUAUUGCACGCUAUCUCCUUCCCUUACUGUGACUAGCUGUAGUUCCAGGCUUCUCAGGUGAUAGAUGAAUUUGGUGAAAUAGGACGCUAAGAAGAAAAGAUUUUCACCACAGCAUAGCGCGCUGAGUGACACCAGGCGUUCCUAGCAGUAACGGGGAGGAGAACAGUUGCUGUGAAGGCAUGCAACGAGACCACAGCAGCAGCACAGACGCGUGAACUGAACUCCUAGCAAGCUGAACUACACCACUCUGUUUAGGAGACCUUCUCAGAGCAGGAUUUUUAUCAAGUGCUGCUUCUUUCAAAAAGAUGCCAGGGCUGGUUCAGGGCAGCAGCAGAGCCUAUGGAUAGAGUACCAUGACCACAGGGUCCUCUUCCCCAUGGCAGCCGCAGAGGAAGAGCAGUCGUUGCCCUUCUUGGGCUGUGGUCUCUGCAGUCAGGCCUCCAUGCGUCAGGGAGAACCCACAGGUAAUGUUCUUGCAUC